AUGUACUAUAGCCCCACCAAGGAUGUCUGUCAGCCAACGAUGGCAAACGCAGUAUACGGCCAGAAACAGUGCCGUGACUACCGACAGGCAAUGUGGUACAGAGCUCAAGACAUCGGCUGUGGACUGAGUCUGUGCGACAGCAUCCAGGGUGCACCGUUUCCAUCAAAGUCGUUCUUAGCUGUCUGCGCCAUGACUUACAUAGCGACCGGCUCUCAAAAGAGUACGGAAAAUGCUCCCGCACCUCCGUUCGUACAGGGACAAAUUUUUAAAAGUUGCCAAUACUGCUGCCGAAGUUACAAGUGUAGCAAGAACCUUUGCUCUCCUACGGCGGCUCAGCUUAUCGACUUGACUCGACUGGAAAACCCCGUAUCCUUGAAAGACGCAUUUGCGACCACCUCCGCUCAGAUCAGCCAGUACAUGGGUCAAGGAAUGACCAGCACCUCCGUGGUUGGCAAGAUAUGUACCGUGUCGUCGGUUAGCGGCUGUCCGUACCUGGGACCGGUCAAUGACCUCUACAGCAGUUACUUCAACACUCACUACUACGUGCUUGACCAGAACAUGUACCAAAUACGCUUGUCUCAAGGAUGGACGCCUAUGGGUAUACUGGGAUACGCUGUGCCUGGUCCAAUUCUGUGCGGAGCGACGGUGCCGAUUUACAACGUCUGGGAUCAACUGAGCGGCUACAUUCAACUGCCGAAGGGUCCACAGUUGGCAGGGCUGCUUUCACCACCCAGGAGAACUCGCUACUAUGGCGGAAUAGGCUUUGCCGUGUGGAGCGCCUAA